AUGUCGGAAGCCAAGUAUAUCAAUUUUCCGUGUCUGCCGGCGGGUGCUAAGCAUCCAGAUGGCUCGCCUGUACUCAACAGGUGGUCCUCUGUAAUCACCAAGGGCCAUGAUUUCCCUGGUGCAAAGGCUAUGCUUUAUGCUGCUGGUGUCCCAGACAAGGAGGCAAUGGCUAAAGCUCCUCAUGUAGGCGUUGCCUCGGUGUGGUGGGAGGGUAACCCAUGCAACAUGCAUUUAAUGGAUCUUGGAAAGACGGUGAAGAAGGCUGUGAUGGAAAAGGGUAUGCUUGGAUGGCAGUACAACACCAUUGGUGUCUCAGAUGCCAUUACUAUGGGUAAUGAUGGUAUGAGAUUUUCUUUGCAGACUCGAGAAAUUAUCGCAGAUAGCGUGGAAUCAGUCACCUGUGCCCAGGCUCACGACGCCUGUAUUGCCAUUCCCGGAUGCGACAAGAACAUGCCUGGCGUCGUGAUGGCCAUGGCCCGCCACAACCGUCCAUCGAUCAUGAUCUACGGCGGAACAAUCAACAUUGGAUACUCAGAGUGCCUUCGCAAGCCUAUCAACGUCUCAAGCUGCUUCGAAGCCUCCGGUGCUUACGCAUACGAUACCCUCAAACAACCCGACGACGGCGGCGAUACUAGCAAGACCAAGGACGAAAUCAUGGAUGAUCUUGAGAAGAACGCUUGUCCCAGCGCCGGCGCAUGUGGUGGUAUGUUCACUGCAAACACCAUGGCCACAGCUAUCGAAUCUAUGGGUCUAUCCUUGCCCGGAUCAUCCUCUACUCCUGCUUCAUCUCCGUCUAAGAUGCGUGAGUGUGUCCGCGUUGCAGAUGCCAUCAAAGUUUGCAUGGAGAAGGACAUCCGUCCCCGGGAUCUACUCACUAAGCGAUCCUUUGAGAAUGCCCUGGUAAUGACCAUGGCUCUGGGAGGUAGUACCAACGGCGUGCUCCAUUUCCUAGCUAUGGCACGCACCGCGGAGGUAGAUCUCCAGCUGGAUGAUAUCCAGCGCGUGAGCAACAAGAUUCCCUUCAUUGCAGACCUCUCACCGAGUGGAAAAUACUACAUGGCCGAUCUGUACGAGAUCGGUGGAAUUCCAUCCGUGCAGAAACUUCUCAUUGCUGCGGGCUUGUUGGACGGUGGAAUCCCGACCGUGACAGGCAAGACUCUCGCUGAGAACGUUGAAUCCUGGCCUUCGCUCCCACAAGACCAGACUCUUAUCCGACCAUUGACAAACCCCAUUAAAGCCACAGGUCAUCUCCAGAUUCUGCGAGGCAAUCUCGCCCCUGGUGGUGCAGUCGCGAAGAUCACUGGAAAGGAAGGCCUCAAAUUUACGGGUAAGGCUCGCGUUUUUGAUAAGGAGCGCCAGCUUAAUGAUGCACUGGAUGAAGGCCGGAUUCCUCGUGGCGAGAACCUGGUUCUGAUUGUUCGUUAUGAAGGUCCAAAGGGUGGACCCGGUAUGCCGGAGCAGCUAAAGGCUAGUGCGGCGCUGAUGGGUGCCAAGCUAAACAAUAUCGCCUUAAUUACUGACGGUCGUUACUCCGGUGCUAGUCACGGGUUCAUUGUUGGACAUAUUACGCCCGAGGCGGCUGUUGGUGGUCCCAUUGGACUUGUUAAAGAUGAAGAUGUGAUUACGAUUGACGCGGAGACUAAUGAGAUUUCGAUGGCGGUGUCGGAUGAGGAGCUUGAAGAGCGACGUCGCCAGUGGAGUCCGCCUGUGCCGCAGAUUACGCGGGGUGUUUUGGCUAAAUAUGCACACUUGGUGGGUGAUGCGUCGCAUGGUGCCAUGACCGAUCUGUUUUAA